GUCGGAUGUUGCGUUUUGCCAGACAUUUAGUCGAAAAACAGCUUACAUGCGCAAUGUCAAGAUCACUAGCAGCUCCAGCUUGCCUUCCUGUCCAAGUUAACCAUUUCUGUGUUGGCCCAGCCCCAGAAACGGGACACAAAGCAUCCAAGGGAAAGUUUUUCGGAAGGGGGAGGGGCGCUAUAGCUAUGGCGAAUCUGGAAAAGCUGAAUUUUGACAACUUGGUUCUGCGUUCGCUGCCGAUCGACACUUCUGAUGAGAACGUACCACGGCAGGUACCGGGGGCCUGCUUCUCCAGGGUGAGCCCAACCCCGGUGAGUAACCCACAGACGGUUGCCUUCUCAGCCCAGGCUCUGCAGCUGCUAGACCUGCCUGUAUCAGAGCUGAGGAGGCCAGAGUUUGCCCAGUAUUUCUCUGGGAACAAACUGCUACCAGGGUCCGAAACAGCAGCACACUGCUACUGUGGGCAUCAGUUUGGGCACUUCUCUGGGCAACUGGGAGAUGGAGCAGCCAUGUACCUGGGUGAAGUAGUGAACAAGUCAGGAGAGAGAUGGGAGAUCCAGCUGAAGGGUGCAGGGCUGACACCAUACUCCAGAACAGCAGACGGCAGGAAGGUCCUACGCUCCAGUAUCAGGGAGUUCCUCUGCAGUGAGGCUAUGCAUCACUUAGGAAUACCAACAACAAGAGCCGGCUGCUGUGUAACCUCAGACAGUAAGGUUCUGAGAGAUGUGUACUACAACGGGAAUGCCUCCUAUGAAAAGUGUACCACUGUGCUUAGGAUUGCACAAACGUUCCUCAGAUUUGGAUCAUUUGAAAUCUUCAAGCCCACUGAUGAAAUAACAGGAAGGAAGGGACCCAGUGUUGGGAGAAAUGAUAUCCUCAUCACCAUGUUAGACUAUGCUAUCAAGACAUUCUUCCCAGAGAUUCAGGCGGCCCAUGCUGACAACAGUGAGGAGAGAUACCUGGCCUUCUAUAGGGAGGUUGUCCACAGGACGGCACGGCUGGUGGCAGAAUGGCAGUGUGUGGGCUUCUGUCACGGAGUUCUGAACACAGACAACAUGAGUAUCCUGGGCCUGACCAUCGACUACGGACCCUUUGGCUUCUUGGACAGAUAUGAUGCUGACAACAUCUGUAACGGCUCGGAUGAUGGUGCGAGGUACUCCUACAGAAGCCAGCCUGAGAUCUGUAAGUGGAACUGUGAGAAGUUUGGAGAGGCCAUCUCCGAGGCCCUGCCAACCGUCUUAACCAAACCCAUCCUGGAGGAGUUUGACCAGACGUUCUCAGAACACUACCUCAGCAAGAUGAGGAAGAAACUAGGACUGGUCAGGAAGGAACUACCAGAGGACAAGGAGCUUUUUGAAGCACUUCUUCAGACCAUGACAGAAACUGGUGCUGACUUCACCAACACUCUGAGGGGCCUCAGUAAGCUGUCCCUGCCAGGAUGUCAGGACUUUGACAGUUCUCUGGAGAGGACCAGGUCUUUCCUGCUGUCUCAGUGCUGUUCUGUACAGGAACUCAUCAAGGCCUGUAAACCCAGGAUGGACCCAAGGCAACUGCAGAUGCUGAUGCUGUUGCUAAGCACCAACCCAUCCCUGCUGAUGCAGCUGGGUGGACAGGGGAAGAUCAUGAGGGAGUUUGAGAGGAUGGAGAAGUUAGAGGAAAUAAAGGACCUGACUCAGGAGCAGAAGUCUGCUGCUGAUGUACAGAAGUGGACAGAAUGGCUGGAGAAAUACACAGCCAGGCUGAAACUGGAGGCUCAGGAGGGGGAGGUAGAACAGCUGAACAAGGAAAGAGUCAUAACCAUGAACUCCAAUAACCCCAAGUUCAUCCUCAGGAACUACAUUGCUCAGAAUGCCAUCACUGCUGCCGAGGAUGGUGACUUCUCUGAGGUACAGAGGGUGCUGCGACUCCUGGAGCAGCCCUUCAGUGAGGACGUUGACCUCGGGGAGCUGGCCGUUGCCCCUGGCGACGGAGGCAGUGCCAGUUCAACCACCGACGACGAUGCAGGUGCUUCAGCAUCAGUCCUGUCUGAGACAGCAGCUGGCCAAGGGACAGCAAAAAGCUGCACAGGGACAGCAUAUGACAGCAGGCCUCCUGAUUGGGCAGUUGAUCUGUGUGUCACAUGAUCAUCGUAAAGGCCUCAUUCUUGACAUACCCUCAAGGUCAAGGGUCAAUCUGUAAAUCCUUGCACAUUGCAGUGUUUAGUGCACAUUUUGCUGGUCAUAAGACUGAUAAAUUAUCAAUAAUUAAAAAGAAUCUAUUCAUAGACCAGCAAUGACCCUUGACCUGUAUGAGGUCAGAGUGAGGCCCUGUUUAAGGGUGGGUCAAAAGGUCAGUGUGUGGCAGCAAGGGAGUGGCAGAUGUAUACAGAUUUUGACAUUUUCUCUGUGAUUUUAAGUUUUCACUGUGACUUAGUGUCUUCCAUUGCGUACUACUAUAUAAUUGUUUCAACUGUGAACUCAAACAUUACAACAAACUCGAUUUUCACUGUGCCACAAAACAUGAGUGCUGCAAAGUAAAAUUAAUGUAACAAACAGGAGCAAGUAGAAACAGGAAAACAGUUAUUAAGCCAAGGGCAUAGGCAAAGGCAAGGAAGGAGAAUGGAGUUUGUGUUAUUUGAUGCUUUCUAAGAUGGACAACUAAAUGAGACUCAUGUGUAAGUUAAACAACAUGAAAUUCUCAGCAUGACGAGAACUGAUACAGACGUAAGUCAUACAGAUUGAGGUAUUUUAUAAUUGUGUUACAAUGUAGUUGUAGCCAGUCACUCUCAUUCCCAAACUGCUGCACACAGUAUGAAGGCUCGGUUUUAAACCAGUUAUGGUCGACUGAGCUGGAAAGACUUGACUCCCACCCACAAUGCAUCUGAAACUAAAGCCUUGUCAAUAUAUGUGAGUGUGGUGGUUUUUUAGCAACUGCUACUGGUGAUAUGCAAAUUAACAUGUAAUUAUGUAAGACAGACUUGCCCAAUAAGAAUUACAUUAAUUGGAUGCAAA